AUGGUGCAGAAGCUUGGUCAAUUACCAGCGGACAUAAAAAAGCAAAAACUCUUUCUUGAUGAUCCGACUUUGAAGGAUGAUAUACCAAUUUCCUAUAUGUCACAUAAGGAACUUUAUGAACAUAGUGUAAAAAAAGCCACCAUAAUCGCACAAAAAAUACGUCAAAUACGUAAUGACGGCGAAGAUAGUGUCGACGUCUAUAAUGCUAUACUUGGUGGUUCACUCGGCUCUGCUCUCAUUAAGGAAGGUAACCCGAUGACAUUACAUUUUGUGAUGUUUGUACCGACAAUCAUGGGUCAAGGAACCAUGGACCAACAAAUGGAAUGGUUACCAAAAGCUUGGGAUUGCUCCAUAAUUGGUACUUAUGCACAAACUGAGUUGGGUCAUGGCACCUUUUUGCGUGGCUUAGAGACACGUGCUGACUAUGAUGCUUCUACGCAAGAGUUUGUUUUGAAUACUCCUACACUAACUGCCUACAAAUGGUGGCCUGGUGGUUUGGGUCACACAGCAAAUUAUGCAAUUGUUGUUGCACAACUUUAUACCAAAGGUGAAUUUCGUGGUUUGGCUCCGUUCAUAGUGCAAUUACGCGACGAGGAGACGCAUGAACCAUUACCUGGUAUUGAUGUUGGCGAAAUUGGUACCAAAUUGGGUAUGAAAUCAGUUAAUAAUGGUUACUUGGGUCUGAAAAACUUGCGUAUUCCACUUAAAAAUAUGCUUAUGAAAAAUCAACAGGUACUUCCUGAUGGCACAUAUGUAGCACCUAAGAAUACUGUUUUAACCUAUGGCACUAUGAUGUUCGUGCGUUGUGCUCUUAUACGUGAUACAGCACAAAGCUUAGCGAAAGCUUCAACAAUUGCCACACGCUAUUCAGCCGUGCGUCGUCAAAGUCCAAUAGAUCCAAAUCUGCCUGAACCCCAAAUAAUGGAUCAUACCACACAACAAUUAAAACUAUUCCCACAGAUAGCUAAAGCAAUUGUUAUUAAAACUACAGGCGACAAUGUUUGGAAUAUGUAUAGCAAUGUGAGUGGUGAAUUGGAACAGGGCAUUCUUGAGCGAUUGCCUGAAAUGCAUGCACUAUCAUGUUGCUUAAAGGCAAUCUGCAGUGCUGAUGCAGCUAGUGGUGUUGAGCUCUGUCGCUUGGCUUGUGGUGGACAUGGGUAUAUGGAUUGCUCCAACUUUCCUACCAUUUAUGGCAUGGCUACAGCUGUGUGCACGUAUGAAGGAGAAAAUACUGUGAUGUUAUUGCAAACGGCACGCUAUUUGGUUAAAGUCUACGCACAAGCUUUGAAUGGCGAAAAAUUGGUACCAACGGUUGCAUAUAUUAGUGAAGCAGUAAAAGAAACAGAAUUUGUCAACUUUGAUGGUUCGCUACAAAGUAUUGUUAAAGCCUUCGAAUUUGUUGCUGCAAAUAAAAUACGUAUUGCCUAUGAACGUAUGGAAAAACUCCGUAAGCAAGGUUAUGGACAAGAAGUAGCUGCGAAUAUGUGUGGCAUUGAACUAACACAAGCAGCCGAUUUGCACGGACGUGCUUUUUUAGCACUUUCUGCUUACACAGAAUUACUAGCGAUCGCACGUGGUGUCUCCAAUGCAAUGGGUGAUGUUUUAAAAACUAUUCUAGAAUUGUAUUUAAUCGAUGCUUGUUUAAAUCGAGUUGGCGAUUUUUUGAGAUUUAUCAACUUCAGUGGAACUGAAAUAGAUAAUUUGGAAAUACGUUUGGAGAACUGUUUGAAACAAUUACGACCGAAUGCAGUUGCUUUGGUGGAUGGUUUCGAUCUACAUGAUCGUGUAUUAGAUUCAGCUUUGGGCGCUUCAGAUGGUAAUGUUUACGAACGUAUAUUUGAAUGGGCGAAAAAGAGUCCCUUAAAUACCGAAUCUGUGAAUAAAUCAUUCCAUCAGCAUUUGAAGCCAUUUAUGAAAGCUAAUUUGUAAGAGAAAAGCAAAUUUGUAAAAGAAAAUCCAAUGUCUUCAAAAGUAUUCUACUUUCUCUAUAAGAGAUUCCUUACAUUAUUAGGCAAAUAUUUUUAAAAUAACUUUUUGUAAAUGAGCAUAUAUGCAAAUAUUGUUAUAGUUUUAAA